GGCUGGGCCCGGGGCCCUCGGAGGUCGAUACACCGCAGCUCCCGCACCUCGUCCCGCGGCGUCUCGGACGCGUGCGGCCCUCGCGCCCCUGCCUGGCGCUGCGUCCCCAGCCCGGCGCCUGUCGCUCUGCCUCGGCCCCCCGGGGAGGCAGCAAGUUUGCCACCGGCCGCUCCGACCCGCCGCCGCCCCGCUCCUGUCGCGCCUGUGCUCCUGGCGCAAGGAGCAAGGCACCCAGGGAGUGGCGAGGGAGUGCGGGAGGCUGGGCCCCAAGGGGCGCCCCAUCCCCACCCCCAUCGGCCAGCUUGCCCGGGCCGCCGCUGUUCCGGCGCUGCUCGCAGGGCGGCGCCCUGCGCCCCCGCCGCGCUCCUCCGGCGCUGCCCGCUUCCCGCUCGCUCUCCGCCGGACACAGACUCUACCUUCAGCUGCUUGUGGAUCUGAUCGGAGACGCCGCAGCUGCUGCGGAAGAAGAAAAGACAAACAGCAGCCCGGCAGCAGGCGGAGCAGCCCGGCCCCUUCCCAUCUUGGAGUGCGGAGCAGACUAGGUAUUACCGGCAUCUUCUUUAAUCGCUGAAGUGGUGGAGCCCAGAUCCCACGUGUCCUUGGAGGACCAGAGACAGGAACGGUGGCGUCUGAUUCAGAGCUAUUUUUUGAGUGCCUACUAUGUGCCAGCCUGUGCUAGAUACUGGGGACACAGGUGGAAAAUCCCAUCGUGUUUCCUGCUUUCCUGGUGCACAUCACCCUGUGAGAGCUAUGUCAUGCCCAGACCAGCAGAGGGCUCCAUGAGGAUUUAUAGAAGAUGCCCCGAGUUUCUGCGCCUCUGGUGCUGCUUCCUGCAUGGCUUGUGAUGGUCACCUGCAGUCCGCACUCUCUGAGGAUUGCUGCUAUCUUGGAUGACCCCAUGGAGUGCAGCAGAGGGGAGCGGCUCUCCAUCACCCUGGCCAAGAACCACAUCAACCGCGCUCCUGAGAGGCUGGGCAAGGCCAAGGUCGAAGUGGACAUCUUUGAGCUUCUCAGAGACAGCGAGUACGAGACUGCAGAAACCAUGUGCCAGAUCCUCCCCAAGGGGGUGGUCGCUGUCCUGGGACCAUCCUCCAGCCCAGCGUCCAGCUCCAUCAUCAGCAACAUCUGUGGGGAGAAGGAGGUCCCUCAUUUCAAAGUAGCCCCGGAGGAGUUUAUCAAGCUCCAGUUCCAGAGAUUCACAACCCUGAACCUCCACCCCAGCAACACCGACAUCAGCGUGGCUGUCGCUGGGAUCCUGAACUUCUUCAACUGCACCACUGCCUGCCUCAUUUGUGCCAAAGCAGAAUGCCUUUUAAACCUUGAGAAGCUUCUCCGGCAAUUCCUUAUCUCCAAGGACACACUCUCAGUCCGGAUGCUGGAUGACACCCAGGACCCCACCCCACUCCUCAAAGAGAUCCGGGACGACAAGACAGCCACCAUCAUCAUCCAUGCCAACGCCUCCAUGUCCCACACCAUCCUCCUGAAGGCAGCUGAACUAGGGAUGGUGUCAGCCUAUUACACAUAUAUCUUCACUAAUCUGGAGUUCUCGCUCCAGAGAAUGGACAGCCUUGUGGAUGAUCGUGUCAACAUCCUGGGAUUUUCCAUUUUCAACCAAUCACAUGCUUUCUUCCAAGAGUUUGCCCAAAGCCUCAACCAGUCCUGGCAGGAGAACUGUGACCAUGUGCCCUUUCCUGGGCCUGCGCUCUCCUCGGCCCUGCUGUUUGACGCUGUCUAUGCUGUGGUGACGGCAGUGCAGGAACUGAACCGGAGCCAGGAAAUCGGUGUGAAGCCCCUGUCCUGUGGCUCGGCGCAGAUCUGGCAGCACGGCACCAGCCUCAUGAACUACCUGCGCAUGGUAGAAUUGGAAGGUCUCACCGGCCACAUUGAAUUCAACAGCAAAGGCCAGAGGUCCAACUAUGCCUUGAAAAUCUUACAGUUCACGAGGAGUGGUUUUCGGCAGAUUGGCCAGUGGCACGUGGCGGACGGCCUCAGCAUGGACAGCCGCCUCUACGCCUCCAACAUAUCCGACAGUCUCUUCAAUACCACCCUGGUUGUCACCACUAUCCUGGAAAACCCGUAUUUAAUGCUGAAGGGGAACCACCAGGAGAUGGAAGGCAAUGACCGCUACGAAGGCUUCUGUGUGGACAUGCUCAAGGAGCUGGCGGAGAUUCUCCGGUUCAACUACAAGAUCCACCUGGUUGGGGACGGCGUGUACGGUGUUCCCGAAGCCAAUGGCACCUGGACAGGAAUGGUUGGGGAGCUGAUCGCUAGGAAAGCAGAUCUGGCUGUGGCAGGCCUCACCAUUACUGCUGAACGAGAGAAGGUGAUUGAUUUCUCGAAGCCAUUCAUGACUCUGGGAAUUAGCAUUCUUUACCGAGUUCAUAUGGGACGCAGACCCGGCUACUUCUCCUUCCUGGACCCAUUUUCUCCAGGCGUCUGGCUCUUCAUGCUUCUGGCCUACCUGGCCGUCAGCUGCGUCCUCUUCCUGGUGGCUCGGUUGACCCCCUAUGAGUGGUACAGCCCCCACCCAUGUGCCCAGGGCCGGUGCAACCUCCUGGUGAAUCAGUACUCCCUUGGCAACAGCCUCUGGUUUCCAGUCGGGGGUUUCAUGCAGCAGGGCUCCACCAUCGCUCCUCGAGCCUUAUCCACCCGCUGUGUCAGUGGCGUCUGGUGGGCAUUCACGCUGAUCAUCAUCUCCUCCUACACAGCCAACCUGGCAGCCUUCCUGACUGUGCAGCGCAUGGAGGUGCCCAUUGAGUCAGUGGACGACCUGGCUGACCAGACCGCCAUUGAGUACGGCACAAUUCACGGAGGCUCCAGCAUGACCUUCUUCCAAAAUUCCCGCUAUCAGACCUACCAACGCAUGUGGAAUUACAUGUAUUCCAAGCAGCCAAGCGUAUUUGUGAAGAGCACGGAGGAGGGAAUUGCCAGGGUGUUGAAUUCCAACUAUGCCUUCCUUCUGGAGUCCACCAUGAAUGAGUACUAUCGGCAGCGAAACUGCAACCUCACUCAGAUCGGGGGCCUGCUGGACACCAAGGGCUAUGGGAUUGGCAUGCCAGUCGGCUCAGUUUUCCGGGACGAGUUUGAUCUGGCCAUUCUCCAGCUGCAGGAGAACAACCGCCUGGAAAUUCUGAAGCGCAAGUGGUGGGAAGGGGGGAAGUGCCCCAAGGAGGAAGAUCACAGAGCCAAAGGACUGGGAAUGGAGAAUAUUGGUGGAAUCUUUGUGGUUCUUAUUUGUGGCUUAAUCGUGGCCAUUUUUAUGGCUAUGUUGGAGUUUUUAUGGACUCUCCGACACUCGGAAGCUACUGAGGUGUCUGUCUGCCAGGAGAUGGUGACCGAGCUGCGAAGCAUCAUCCUGUGUCAGGACAGUGUCCACCCCCGCCGGCGGCGCCCUUCGGUGCCGCCUCCCCGGCCCCCCAUCCCGGAAGAGCGGCGGCCGCGGGGCACGGCGACGCUCAGCAAUGGCAAGCUGUGCGGGGCCGGGGAGCCGGACCAGCUGGCGCAGAGACUAGCCCAAGAGGCCGCCUUGGUAGCCCGUGGCUGCACCCACAUACGGGUCUGCCCCGAGUGCCGCAGGUUCCAGGGCCUGCGGGCGCGGCCGUCGCCUGCCCGCAGCGAGGAGAGUCUGGAAUGGGACAAGACCACCAACAGCAGCGAGCCCGAGUAGCCCCCGUGGGACAGGACGCUCAGAGGCCAGGUGCAGAGGCGGAAGGGCCUGGCGGCACUUUUGUUUGUCCAGAUCCCAGAUUGGUAGGACUUCGACACUUCUCUCCGGAUUUGGGAUUCAGUAACUUUACAAAAGGAUCAAAGAGCCCGAAUCCCAGCCAGAGGCAGCACCCUUAUCCGGGAACUAGGUCCACUCAGAGACACUGCACCCAAGUGGGGAAGGGACGCUCUCCCUCCCAACCCAAGACCACAAGAACCCAGUUUCUCCCCUGGGCCUUUCCCUCCCGCCAAAAUGACAGAAUCUGGGGUGGGGGUACCUGCUCAGACACGUCCAUUGAGUUGGUGGAGUCAUCAGUGGAAUUCCCCCUUAGGAAGGGACCACUGUACUCUGGGUGUAGUUCUUACAGGAAAAUAAUGAUAAUAAUAAUAAACUCAACAGGGAAGUUUUUCUUUUCUGGAUAUCCAUGUUUUUUGUUAAUUUUUUUUUUCUUUUCUUUCCCCUUCUCUCUCCUCCUCCUCCCUCCUUUUUUUCUUUGUUGUCUUCUCAAUUCUAUUGUUUUGCUUAUUUGCAGGAGGAGACUAAGUUAGGGAAUGGAAAUCUAAAUAAUCCCUGAUCCUUUUUUCUGAAUUUUAGGACAUGGAGCAGCCAGUGCUUCAGAUUUCAGGUGCUGAACUCUCUGGGUAUAGGAGAAGGGUCUUAAGAAUAAGAUAUUGAGUCUCAAAUAAAAGUCCAUUAAAGUAAUUUUUAAAAUCCUGAAAACCAGUUAACUCAUAGCUUACUCAGAGAGACUUUGAAAUGUGUGGCGUUUCAGCGGUUAAUAUGUCUUUUCUUUCUCUUUCUCUUUCUGAUUUUCACUAUCGUUGGGUUUGAUUUGGUCUUUUGUGAAUGUGAUCUCAGAAGAGAGAUAGGUCAGGAGAGCAGAGUGCACAGAUGAUCUGGGGCCUUUUUUAAAAAGCAGAGAGGGAAGAUACAAUUUCCCAAAACACACCCUUGCCUUCAGAUGGAACGUACUGGUCACAGAAGAGGAAGGAACAGCCACCCUGUGUGUAUGGUGCACACUUUAUCAACUGCACCUCUUUUUAACCAAACUCAGUCGCUGCCUGUGAAGCCAGGCACCCAGGGUUAACAUGGAUUGAGUGGGUUUUUGCUAUUAGACAUGAGACCUGGGUGCAAACGUGUAUGUGGGGGUGUGUGUGCACGUGUGUGUGUUUAUUAAAUGGAAAGACCUUAAGUAAUCAAGAAUUUGACAUGUUCCUGGGAGAGAGGUGGGUCUUGUAGCCAAUACACAGGCCUAGGAACUAGGAACUCUUCAAUCCUAAGCUCAGUGUGAGCAGUGGCUCUCUUGUGUGACUUUAAUAAAGUAUUGAACUUCUCUUCCAUCUACAAAAUCAGAGUUUCGGAUGCUUUCCAGGCUUUCAGAUGGCCGCUAGUCAUCCUUCUGCUUGUCCAAUGUUUGCAGGGUCCGGAGCCCUCAUCUGAUGGAAGGGGUGAGGCUUCCAACAACUGCUUGACCUUUGCUUCACCAAUUGGGGUUCAUAAAGAAGGUUUUCAUUUUCUGAUAGGAAACAAAUUCUAUGCAAUUUCUGAUUGUAAACUUAAAAAAUUCAGAGAGAGUAAGAAAUAAAUAGCCGCUAUCACCACCUCCACCACAACCUUGAAUCAAAUUGUCCUCACAUUGUUUCUGUUCUGAAUGCAUUAGAAUACAGAUAUCUUUGGAAGAUGCUGAGCUUAAUUCCAUGAUUUUGCCGUUUGGGUAGGUCAACAUCCUCUUUGUGCCAGGGUAAUUAGUUAGAGCUGCCACUCUGGGGGCCAAAUGGUAACCUGAUUAUUCCUAUAACAGAUGCCAGUUUUGUCCUAGACUGACUUUCUGUCUCAUGAAUUUGAAUCCUUUUUUAAUUGUUUGCCUUUUUAACCACUAAAUGAUAGCAAGCUGUGCAGGAAUGAGCAUUUUUUUAAACCUUGCCUCAUGGAGAAAUGUGGAUUUGGUGGGAAGGGCACCAGAAGCCGACGGAUCACAGACCCCAAUGGUGCCACACUACUCCAACCCACAGCCCCAUCCCUUGCUUCUGACAAUGUGGUCCCUACUGUCAGAUCACAUUUGGGGUGAGAAGGGUUGCUUUUUUUAAAAAAAUUCAUUUUUACGAGCAGGAUAUCUUGAUCAAUAACAAGCUUUUUAAAAUAGAUUAGAGAAAUAAAUGUCCCAAUGAAUCAUUUGUAAAGUCUGUUCCUUUCACUGUUUGGAAUAAAGAUAAGACUGACAAAGCUAGACGGUUUCUAUUAGCUGCUGAGACCACCACUGCACCCCACCCAAGCUGGUGAGUGAAUUUGCAACCAGCCGUUCUCUUCUUUCGUUUGUCUCCAUGUUUUAUCUGUUGGUUGUUGGCUUUCUUUUCCAUUCUGUAUUUUCUAUCUGACUCUGUAUAAAACAGUUUUUUCUUGUCUGUUUAUCUUUCUUUGACUGAAAUAUUUACAAUAAAACAGAAACAAACCCUGAAA